AUGAAGAGAUUUAGUAUCUUUUUAAUUGCUGCAUUAGGAGUUGCCAAUGUCUCCUCUGUUUAUAUCACAACAUGCCACAAUGAUAAUGAAUGCGGUACAGUCUGCGGCACUAAGGGACCAAAUACUGUUGGACCAAGUGAAGGUUUGUUCGGGACUAAAUGCGAGUGCCAAAAUGGGAAACCUCCAGCCUAUCUCUGCAAUAAGGAAGGAAAAAAUGUUUAUGUUUGCUCUGACAAUCAGGCUCCAAGAUGCACUGUACAUUGCAACAUGAAGGUUUGUAUCGAGAAAAAUGGCAGAAAAUCGACAGGAGUGAUUAGAUCAGCUUGUCCUAAGCAUCAUCCACAAAAUGCACAUGACUGCUGCAACCAUGGCGGUUCAUAUUGCACAUGCGUUUUCCAUGACACUCUUGAUACCAAUUAUCAGGUCUUCAGUGAGCUCGGAGGAUCUAACGGUGAUGCAAAAGCCUGGCUAGGAUCAUGUGAUUCUCAUCAUGGAUUGAAGGUUGGAUCUAUAUAAGCAGAGUUAUAUUUAUAACUUGUUAAGCCUGAAUUAUGCUCGGCAGUUAUGUCUGAUGGUUAUCAUCAAAGAAAUUACCCUGAGCAAUACCAUAACCAUCACUAGCAUUUUCAUGAACUUCUAGAUCAAGCUUAUUCUAACCACUUCUAAUAAUGA